CGGUUUACCUUCUGAUCAUGGUCAUUUCGCUGUAAGGGACCUUUAUUUAAAACCUUGCUCCUACUUAAUGUGUUAUCUUCAAUUUCGUGUGGUUCUUACUUACACAAAAAAUGGCCAUUCUAUCUAUCAUGUUUUUUGUUGUUAAUUUACUCUUUUUUUCCAUCAAAAUUUCCUCUGAAACAGAUAUCAUAACACAAUUUCUUCCACUACAUGAUGGAAGCACCUUGGUCAAUGGAGCAUUUGAACUGGGUUUCUUCAGUCCUGGUAGUUCCACAAACCGCUAUGUAGGAAUUUGGUUCAAAACUAUCCCUUUAAAAACAGUUGUUUGGGUAGCAAAUCGCGACAAUCCAAUCAGUGACAAAUCCGGCAUAUUGAGCGUAAACAAAGAAGGAAACCUUGUUCUUCUCAGCAAAAAUGGCACAACUCAUUGGUCAACAAAUGUAACAACCAAACCUUCAACCUCAAGCUUCAUAGCAAAGCUCUUAGGUACCGGAAACUUGGUUGUAAAUAAUGAGAAAGACCAUAGUGAUCAUGGCUUUUACUUGUGGCAGAGCUUUGACUAUCCUAGUGAUACAAUUCUUCCAGGAAUGAAGCUUGGUUGGAACCUUACGAGCGGUCUUAAUAGGCAACUAACAGCUUGGAAGAAUUGGGAUGACCCUUCUUCGGGUCAAACGACUUAUGGCUACAUAAGAAGUGACAAUCCUGAAUCGGAGAUAAGGAAUGGUUCGUCGAUGAUAUACAGAAGUGGACCUUUCAAUGGUAUUCGUUUCGCUGCUACACAAAAAUUAAAACAUGUUCCAUUAUUCAACGUCGAUUUUGUGUACAAAAAGGAUGAGUAUUAUUUCUCUUACGAACCCAAAAAUCGGUCAUUACUUUCGAGAAUUGUCAUCAACCAAACAAUUUCUACUCUUCAACGCUUAACGUGGUCCGAAGAGAAUCAAAGAUGGAUGUUUUAUUUGAAUGUUCCAAGGGAGGAAUGCGAUAUCUACAAUCGAUGUAGUUCAUUUGGGAUCUGCGCUAUGACAGGUAAGUCCUCAAUGUGUGAUUGUUUAACUGGCUUCACUCCAAAAUCGCCUCGAAAGUGGAGUGAAAAGGAUUGGAGUCAAGGAUGUGUGCAUAAUGAAACUUGGAGGUGUAGAGAGAAAAAUAAAGAUGGCUUCAUAAAAUUUCAACAUGUGAAGGUUCCAGACACAAAGCAAGUUUGGAUAGAUAGAAGUAUGACACUUGAGAAAUGUAAGGGCAAAUGUUGGGAGAAUUGUUCAUGUACAGCUUAUGCAAACACAAACAUCCUUGGAAAUGGAAGUGGUUGCAUUCUUUGGUUUGGUGAUCUUUUGGACUUGAGAGAAUUACCAGAUGCUGGACAAGAUCUAUAUGUUAGAUCUCCUGUCUCCGAAACAGCAAACCAAGAUAAAGUAGCUAAGACUCAAGGAAAUCGAUAUGGUUCAAGGAAAAUGGUAGUUGUGGUCUCAUGUACCACUUCAUUAAUUGCGAUGCUUUUGAUAUUCAUCACGUUUUUUUGUUGGAGGAGAAAAACCAAAUCCAAAUUACGAGAGGAAACAAGAAUCAUGAAGACAAAAGUGAAGAGAAAUGAAAUGAAACAAGAAGAUUUGGAACUUCCUUUGUUUGACUUUGGUACAGUAACAUUUGCCACUAAUGACUUCUCAAAUGACAACAAACUUGGUGAAGGUGGUUUUGGUCCUGUUUAUAAGGGCACAUUACCAGAUGGACAAGAUAUAGCAGUUAAACGACUUUCACAUACCUCUACUCAAGGAAUCAAUGAAUUUAAGAAUGAGGUUGUAUUUUGUUCCAAACUCCAACAUAGGAACCUAGUUAAGGUUCUUGGCUUUUGCAUUGAAGAACAUGAGAAAUUACUCAUCUAUGAAUAUAUGCCCAAUAAAAGCUUAGACUUCUUUCUUUUUGAUUCGUCUCGAAGUAAAGUUUUAGAUUGGUAUACGCGGUUCAACAUUAUAGGUGGUAUCGCUAGAGGACUUCUUUACCUUCACCAGGAUUCUAGAUUAAGGAUCAUACAUCGAGAUUUAAAAGCGAGUAAUAUUUUAUUAGAUAAUGAUUUGAGUCCAAAAAUAUCUGAUUUCGGCCUAGCUCGAAUGUGUGGAGGUGAUCAGAUUCAAGGAACUACAAGUAGAGUUGUUGGUACAUAUGGUUAUAUGGCACCUGAAUAUGCGAUCGAUGGGAUAUUCUCCAUCAAAUCUGAUGUAUAUAGCUUUGGAAUUUUAUUAUUAGAGAUUAUAAAUGGAAAGAGAAAUAAAGGACUUUCCUAUUCAAAUCACAGCUACAAUCUUAUUGGGCAUGCAUGGAGAUUGUGGAAAGAAUGCAUCCCAAUGGAAUUUUUGGAUACUUGUUUGGAAGAUGGUUCAUAUAUUCAAUCUGAAGUAUUGAGAUGCAUUCAUAUUGGUCUUCUAUGUGUGCAGCAGUAUGCAAAUGACAGACCAACUAUGACAUCUGUGCUUGUAAUGCUAACUAGUGAUAGCACUCUCCCCCAACCAAAAGAGCCUAUCUUCUUAACUGAUGAAUUUACUUCUGAACAGAAGAUUUCUUAUUCAACAAAUGAAGUAUCUAUAACAAUGUUGGAACCUAGAUAGAGAAAAUGUUUUGUAUUUCUCCAUGGAUAUUGAUGAUAAACUUGAGAUGUGUCCUUUAAAUAUAUGAAUAUGUAAUGUUUUGCUUUAACUUUCUGUACUUGUAUAGUAACUUCAGUCGAAAAAAAUUA